GAAAGCUUAACAGCGUUAUGCGCCACUGAUGGCCAACAGUAAAGCUCCACAAGCGGAUUUUGCACCAGCAUGGCUCAAAAUUCCUAGUGAGAACUCUAAGCCAUCUGGUUCAAAGCAGGCUGAUCAGAGUGAAGACAAGUCAUCCAAGUCCAAUCGCCGCAAUGACUACUACUACAGUGGCUAUCCAGCAUACACCCCUGACUAUGGUUAUCUUCAGAGACAAAGAUCUUUUGAACAUUAUGAAAGUCCCAAGUAUGGCAGCAGUAAAUACCGUACUCACUCAGUAGAAGAUGACUACUAUGGACAGCCCUAUCAGAUGUACGACUUUUACAAUGGAUAUGGCUAUGACAAGUAUGGUGGCCAGUACAACUCACAGCCCAGUCUUCACAGACAGUCCCCCAAGGAGAACAAAUACCAACAUCCUCAUGCCUAUCCCUCUCAGAUGAGUUCAGGCUAUCCAAGCUACUAUGAGCCCUAUUCCUAUGAUGUCUAUGCCUUGGGUGACCCUUAUUUCUACAGCUAUGCAAGACCUCCUUCUCGACGUAGUCACCAAGAGCGUGGUGGAGACAAAGACUACAAGACCAACAAAAAUGCAGGACUGAAGGAGUUGAGUAAAGAGAAAGAGGGGAAAUCUGAAGAGAAAGACAAGGAAGAGCCCAAUGAAGAAGAGCCUAAAGAUUUUAAUGAAGAAUUCCCAUUGCUCAAUGGGGAUGGUAGUGAGCAGUCAGUCAGCAGCAAGUCUGACAAAGCAGCAGGCAAAGGUGGAGUGUGGGACAAGUCGAAUCCAAAGAUCCACACAAAACCAAGCUAUGUACCAAGAGCAGAAAGCAAACCUGCCCAGACUGAGAUGGUCUCAAGUAAGGAACUGGUGAAUAAAGUACAAGGAGCAAACAUCUAUAAAGCUUUAGUUCCCAGCAAG